AUGUCAUUCAGUUCUGAGAAUAAGGCUAGGAAAUAUAUAAAGAUUGUGCUUAUUAUUGGAGGGGUUCUGCUAGUUGGUACAGCAAUCGGGGGUGUCGCUAUUUUAUACAGAUCCAAAGAAACACUAGAAAAAAAGAAUGUAGCAAAUUCAAAAAUGCUUAACACAAGCAAUGAGAAAUCUGAAGAUAAAGCUAUAAAAUCCAUAAAUAACCAGAAGCAAUCGAAAAAUAGCCAUAAUAACUCUAGUAAUGCGCAUGCUCCACAACAGACCCUGGAUUCUAUACCUGCAGAUUCUUUAAAAGAAGCUUCUGCCCAGGAGGAUAGGAAGCUAAAAGUAGUGGAUACAGAAAAAAUACCGAAGAACCAUUAUGAAAUUUCAAAAGAUCAUUUAAAAAAAGCAGUCAUGAACUCAGCAAACCUUUUCACUCCCACAGAUGCUUUGCCAGAAGAAAAUCCAUUAACUGUAAAUACUACUGUGCCUGCUGCCAUACCAAAUGAUUUAUAUACACCACAGGAUGGUGUUUAUCCUGUUAUAGGAGGUGAGGAUACAGCAGAUAAAGCGACGCAAAUUGAAAAGAAUAAGGAGGAUGAAAAAAUCUUAAAGCAAAUAGAUGAAGCGGCCAAAACUCUGGAGUCUUCUCAGCAGAAUUCUAAAACAGACUAA